AUGGAUUUAGGCAACGAAACAGUGUUUAGAUAUGCUAGACCAGAACUGUACUCAGAUUCUGAAUCGCUGCAGGAGAAAAUGGUAGAAGGAGUUGCCGAAUCAGAGACGGGUAAUAAUCAGAUAGUGUUGUGGAUGGGAACUGAGGCUGAGGCUGAGGAGGAGGAGAACCAGCCAUUGCCACCCGUGAGAAUGUUCUUCGAGCCCAGUCAGUAUCAUAAUGCAAUAAAGCUGGGAACAAGAUGUUAUAUCCACAAAGCUGUUGCGAAAUUGGAGUUCCUAGACCUUGAACCCCAUGAGCUGUUAUGGUUUACAGAACACCCACAGUUCAAGCACUUUUGGCAUAUGCAUAGGGCCAUGCAUGAGGACACAACACACAAGAUGAUGGGAAUGUGGUUGCUUCUUCUUCGGACAGCAAACACAAAUAAGAAGAGGGAAGCUUGGUUUGUAGUGAAUGGCGUACCAAUUCGCUAUCCCCUUAGAGACCAUGCCAUUUUGUGUGGAUUAAACUGUCUCCCGUACCCAGAGGACUAUGAGAGCAUAGGAAGUUCUUCGUUUAAGAAUAGAUAUUUCCAGGAAACCGUCCCCUCCCUUGCUGCUGUUGAGAAAAAGCUAGAGUCGAUGCGAGGACUAGUUAACCCUGAUCGGUUGAAGAUGUGUGUCGUCUACGUCUUAUCCUCUAUAAUUAGUGGGAAAACGAAAACCAGUAAGGGAGCACCAUCUGUUGAACCCUUAUUCCUGAGGAUUGUGGAUGAUCUCGAGGCUUGUAAAAGGUUUCCUUGGGGUAGGUAUUCAUUUAAUGUAAAUAUGAAGGUGAUUGAGCACACAAUGAGGCAUUUCAAUGGGGUCGUCGGAACAGAUGCCUGGACAUUUCCAAGCUUUGUUACUCCCUUGGAGUUGCUAGCCUUUGAGGCCAUCCCAUGUCUGAAGAAUAAAUACAGAGAAGAUGUUAGAGGAGCAGGGAGGGAUUGUCCCCGGAUGUGCAGGCAGAAGUUCCAACCAUUCACCGUAAAAGGUUUCCCUUUGUCGGAACUCUAUGAAACACUGGGUAACACUAGGGUCAUCGAGAGUAUAUUGCAACCAUCUGAGGAUGAGGUAAUUAUGCUUGCUGGAGUCAUGGAGAGGAAUGAAGAGGAAGAUAUCGGUGAUAUCGUUCCUGAAAACUGGACGAGGCAUUUAGUUGAGGAAAAGAAGCCGAUAUUCUGGAAAGAGAUAUGCAAGAUCGAUAUUGAUGCCCGAGAUAAUAAAGAGUGGUUAAACCAUCCUGCAGCAGCUAAGAAUAAUUUGGGGACAGAGAAGGUGGCGCCUCUUGGAUUUGUGGAACAGCUUCAGAGCUUGAAGAAGAAACAUGAACAUGAUCAAGCUGGAGAGAAACUUGAAAGUCUGGUGAAAACUGAGAAAGCGAGGAAGCAGAAACAGCCGAAGAAGAAACAGCCGAAGCAGAAGCCGAAGAAGAAGCAGAAGGAGCCGGAGCAGAAGGAGCCGGAGCAGAAGGAAGCAGAGCAGAAGGAAGUGGAGCAGAAAGAGGCAGAGCAGAAGAAGGCGGAGCAGAAGAAGGCGGAGCAGAAGGAGGCGGAGCAGAAAGAGCCGGAGCAGAAAGAGCCGGAGAUGAAUGAGGCGAAGCUGAAAGAGGCGGAGCAGCUUGUAGACCGAUCUCCAUACCUGCUUAGAAAACCAGACGGUGCUGACAUUGUGAAUGCAGAAGUGGGUUUAGGUAAACGGAAACAAGAGCAAUCGAAGCUAGGGCCAAACACAAGGCAGAGACGUUAA